AUGAUAUACGGUGAUGAUGUAGAUGACUUCGUAGGAUUCACUUACAGUCUAUUCAACAUCAUGACUAAAAGUGCUGACGAAGCUCCUGUUACGAGAGGGCAACUCAAGGCAAUACAUGAAAAAUUGGACUCACUGCUUCAUGCUUCAAAGGCACCAUCCACCGAUGAUUAUUCUAAAGAAACGGUCAAGUCUCUUCUUGAGACCCUUACGAAAGAGCACUCUGCCAACCUUGAAAAGAUGAACAUGGCGGUAGAUGCUUCUGCCACUAUUUGCAACAAUUCGAACGAAAAAUUCGAUAAACUAAUUACUGAUGCAAGGGUAUUCAUGAAAAUUCUCCAGAGCUCCUUUGAGCACAACACUACAAAGGCUAACGAAGUCAUUUCUAGCCUGGGCUCCUACCUUAAAACUGAGAAGGCGAAACUUCAGGAGGUUCGCACCGGCCUUACAAUUGACCAUGCUCAGUUUAAUUCCUCCAUCUCCUUGCAAAUAUCUAAGCUUCAAGAUAAUCUUGCAAUGGAGAGAAAAAUAAUGGAUGCUCUUGCUAUCAAGACUGAAAAGGUGAAAGUCCUGACAGUUAAACUCGAGAAUGCUGAGAAACAAGUCAAUGAUUUGUUAUCCUAA